CGAGGGACCGGAGUUCGUUGAAAAUCGAGCGGGCAUUCGGGGUAAUCGUUGAAAGAAUCUUUGUUUUAUCCUGUUAUAUUUUGCUUCGUCUUGUGUAAACUGCAAAAACGUGUUUACAGUGCUUUGUUUGGGCGUGUUUAUCGUUCAUAAUAAUAAAUUUCGGCGUACAUUUUGUGAAUAUUCAUAAUUUAUUCUCUUUUUGGUGAAAUAAUCUAUAUAUUACUCGAAAGUUAGUUGCUGAAUAAGUUUUCCAAGUUUAUUCGCGCAGAAUGGAGUAUCAGAAUUCGGUAACGUCGGUGUCCAAUGAAGAGCCGUCAUUUUCCGAUUGCGAUCUGACUUACACUUCAGUAGUGUAUGAAGAUGGGGAUGAUUAUAAUCAUCCAACCGGGAUAUUACCGGGUACUGACGAUCACGCUGGCUGCUUAAACUUUCAAUUAUUUUUGAAUAAUGAAGAUAAAUCAAAGAAAUCGUGGCUUUAUUCCUCCGUAUUGAAGAAAUUAUACAUCGAUAUAAACAAAGUAGUCUGUGUACAAUUUCGCUUGAAACAACCAGAGAGUGGUAAAAUCAACAGUAGCAAAGAAAGCUUAUUUGUGAGAGCAUUACCUGUUUACGCAGCGCCUGAAUUCUUACAAGAACCCGUCACUAGAUGUCCAGUCCAUGUUAUGACAGAUAAAGCAAAUGGUCAUUCGAACGUUCCAUGGUUAUUCCACGUUCUUAGAGCUGAGCAUCAUGAAGCUGUUUAUCAUAUUAACCGUAAAAGUAAUCGUCACAGUGUGGUUGUACCCUUGCAUACACCAGCUUUGGGUUCUGAAUUCAUCACAAUUAUGUAUAAAUUCACGUGUAAAACGAGUUGCGCCUUUGGUUUAAAUCGUAGACCUGUUCAUGUGGUAUUUACACUGGAGAAUGCUCAAGGUCAAAUACUUGGAAGGAGGAAACUAUUGGUUAAAGUUUGCAGUUGUCCGAAACGUGAUUUACAUAGGGAUGAAAUAGUAUCUAAAACUGAAAUAGAUGCAAAUGGUAGAAAAAGAAAAGUCAAAGAAGUAGAUAACAGUAUGGCUUACUCAUCAAUGGAAAUAUAUUCACCAGCUACGAAAGAAAUCAAAAUGGAACACCUCGAUGUAGAGGAAACCGUAGAAGAUGAUAAUAUGCCAUAUACGAUUCCAUCGUUCACCGUAAUGGGAAAACAACAAUAUAUUUCAACUCUGGAACUUUUACAUGGACACUUCCUAGGAUUAUCUGUACGCAAUGACGCUUUGAUCGAUUUACAUCCUAACAUUAGCCAUAUUUCAGAAUUACUCGAUAAAAUUAAGAAUGAAAGUUCUUGAUUAAAAAUGGAAGUUUUCGACAGUAAGUGCGAACACGUGAACCCUAACGAAACAAUCACCAUUAAUUAUAAUAUUUGUUAAAUUCGAUUUUUUUCAACUAUGGUUGGGCUAGAUGCCUUGAGAUAACAGAAGUGUUAUUGGUAUUUUUAUGGAUACGGAUACCUUGGGAAAAAAAACAUUUUUUUUUCGUGUAAUUUUUAGAUCUUCCACUUUUUCUUUCAUUUUCAUAUUUCGUUUGGAUAUAUAACUUCGUACGCUAUGAAUUACUUUCAUGAACGAGAUUUUUAUUUUAUUAACUACUGUUUUACUACUGAGACAUUUUUAAAAGUUAAUCAAGUUUUAAUUUUUCUUCUUUUUUUUUUGUUUUUGUAUAAUAUUCCCGAUAUUUUCAUGGAAUUUUUUUUAUCUGUUUUAA